CUGAUGCUGAACUGGCCGAGCUGGGAGGAAAGAAGAAAGGGAGGGGAGGGGAGAAUCGAGGACUGCCGGCCUAGCCAGGCCAAGAAUGCAAUUGCCCCGGUGGUGGGAGCUGGGAGACCCUUGUGCUUGGACGGGACAGGGUCGGGGGACACGCAGGAUGAGCCCCGCGACCACUGGUACCUUCUUGCUGACAGCUUUUUUAUUAAGCUGUGCUGAUGGCAUAAGUGGAACAGUUAAAUGGAAGACCAAACAGGCCAACAGUUUUAUUAUCAGCAGAAAAAUGAGUGCUGGGAAGAAAGAUGUGUACACUAUUUUCUCCAGGGUACACUCCGAUCGGAAUGUCUACCCCUCCGCAGGCGUCCUCUUUGUUCAUGUUUUGGAAAGAGAGUAUUUUAAGGGGGAGUUUCCACCUUACCCCAAACCUGGUGAGAUUAGUAAUGAUCCCAUAACAUUUAACACAAAUUUAAUGGGUUACCCAGACCGUCCUGGAUGGCUUCGAUAUAUCCAAAGGACACCAUAUAGUGAUGGAGUGCUUUAUGGGUCUCCAACAGCCGAAAAUGUGGGGAAACCAACAGUCAUUGAGAUAACUGCCUAUAAUAGGCGUACCUUUGAGACUGCAAGGCACAAUUUGAUAAUUAAUAUAAUGUCAGCAGAAGACUCCCUCAUUAAAGGUGUGCAUACCCUUUUCCCACCAAAAUUAGACUUCCCGUUACCCUAUCAAGCAGAAUUCUUCAUUAAAAAUAUGAACGUAGAAGAAAUGCUGGCCAGCGAGGUUCUUGGAGACUUCCUGGGGGCUGUGAAAAACGUGUGGCAGCCCGAGCGCCUGAACGCCAUAAACAUCACGUCGGCCCUUGACCGGGGCGGCCGGGUCCCCCUGCCCAUCAACGACAUGAAGGAGGGCGUUUAUGUCAUGGUUGGUGCCGACGUCCCAUUUUCUUCUUGUUUACGAGAAGUUGAAAAUCCACAGAAUCAAUUGAGAUGCAGUCAAGAAAUGGAGCCUGUAAUAACAUGUGACAAAAAAUUCCGUACUCAAUUUUACAUUGACUGGUGCAAAAUCUCAUUGGUUGAUAAAACAAAGCAAGUGUCCACCUAUCAGGAAGUGAUUCGUGGAGAAGGGAUUUUGCCUGAUGGUGGAGAGUACAAACCCCCUUCUGAUUCUUUGAAAAGCAGAGACUAUUACACGGAUUUCCUAAUUACACUGGCUGUGCCCUCGGCAGUAGCAUUGGUCCUUUUUCUAAUACUUGCUUAUAUCAUGUGCUGCCGACGGGAAGGAGUGGAAAAGAGAAACAUGCAAACACCAGACAUCCAACUGGUCCAUCAUAGUGCUAUUCAGAAAUCUACCAAAGAACUUCGGGACAUGUCCAAGAAUAGAGAAAUAGCAUGGCCCCUGUCCACACUUCCUGUGUUUCAUCCUGUGACUGGAGAAAUCAUGCCCCCUCUACACACAGACAAUUAUGAGAGCACCAACAUGCCACUGAUGCAAACACAGCAGAACUUGCCACAUCAGACUCAAAUUCCCCAACAGCAGACCACAGGAGAUUUUCGUUUGACAACUUUUCAAAGAUUUGAGGUAAAUGGUAUUCCUGAAGAAAGAAAACUAACUGAAGCAAUGAAUUUGUAAUCAGACAAUAUAGCACUUUUGCUUUGCGUGCAUGAGUGCUCAGUCACUCAGUCGUGUCCAACUCUUUGGGACCCCAUGGACUGUAGUCCACCAGGUUCCUCUGUCCAUAGGAUUUUCCAGGCAAGAACACUAGAGUGGGUUGUCAUGCCCUCCUCCAGGGAAUCUUCCCGACCCAGGAAUUGAACCCACAUCUCCUGCAUUGCAAGUGGAUUCUUUACUACUUAAGCCACCUGGGAAGUCUUAAUAUAGCACUUUUAUUUUUUUUCUCUCUUCCAAUAAUGCAUGAGCUUUUCUGACAUAUGGUAUGCAUGUUGACAGUAUUAAGUAUAUACCAAAUAAUAUACAGUAUAACAUUCAUUUUACUAAUUUUUUUUGUACUUAAGGCAUUUUUGACAAUUUGUAAAACAUUGAUGACUUUAUAUUUGUUACAAUAAAAGUGACCUUUAAAAUAAAUAUUAUUAAUGAAGC